AUGCAAGAUCCCGCAGACAAGGGUUAUCAACUCGGAGUUGAUGUUGGCGGGACGUUCACAGAUGUUUACGUGCUCACCCCGCAUGGACAGACAGUGCGCGCAAAGGUUCCCACAACCAUCCCCGAUCAAAGUAUUGGGAUCCAACAGGGCAUUGCGAAAGCUCGAGAAUUACUCACAAAGCACUUCGGCUGGUCAGGGACCUUCCAAUUUAUUCACCAUGGUACGACAACGGCAACCAAUGCAGUCCUCGAAGGGAAGGGCGCUCGCACCGCUCUCAUAGUGACUGCCGGUCACAAGGACAUAUUGGCUUUGCGCCGCUCCCAGAUCCCAGGUGGAUUGGGUGCGUGGCUGCACUGGACCCCACCCGACCCUAUAGUGCCACUUGAGCGAGUCGUUCAAUGUAAGGAACGCAUGUCUGUGCAGGGCGAAACAGUAACGGCAGUUGAUGUGGAGGAUCUGCGACAAAGCUUGAAAGAGCUGGCACGACAGAAGCCGGAAGCAAUCGCUAUCUCGCUGUUGAAUUCACAUAGCAACGAAGCUCAUGAACGGGUCGUUGCACAAACAGUUCGCGAGGAGCUUGGGGCCAAUAUCGCCAUCAUUUGUUCAACAGAUGUCUUGCGCGAAGUCGGGGAGUAUGAGCGGACGGUCACCACCUGCACGAAUACGCUGGUGAAGCCGGUCGUCGAGAAAUAUCUGCACAAUCUCUCUAAGGCGCUCGAGGCGGAAAGUGAGGCUAUUCGGGUUCUCAAGAGCGAUGGUGGCUUGACCAGUUUGACUCUCGCUUCUGAGCUGCCGGUCAACAUUCUUAUGUCGGGACCUGCAGGAGGUGUCAAGGGAGUGGCAGAUGUUGUGGCUCGGAGUACUCCGUACAAGAACCUGAUUACCUUGGACAUGGGAGGAACUUCUACCGACUGCGCACUUAUCUACAAUGGCCAGCCUCAGCUCCGACGAGAGACAAUUGUUGAGAGUCUUUCUGUACGGGCGCCUGCGGUUGACAUUAAGACCGUAGGGGCUGGGGGAGGGUCGAUCGCAACCUACAUGGAGCUCACGGAGACCUUACGAGUAGGCCCUGAGAGCGCUGGCGCAGCACCCGGACCCGCAUCAUAUGGGAAAGGCGGAAAGAAACCCACUGUCACGGAUGCGAAUUUGGUUUUGGGAUAUUUGCCUAAAACAUUGUUGGGUGGUGAGUUCGCGUUGGAUGUCCAGGCUGCUAUCAAUGCAGUCGAAGAUAUUGCGAACCAGAUGAAGCUUCCUGUUAUUCAAACCGCGGAGGAUAUUAUUACAAUCAUCAACGAGACAAUGUACGGCGCCUUACGUCUAGUCUCUGUGGAGCAGGGCUAUGACCCCCGUGAAUUUGCACUGGUCGCUUUUGGUGGUGCCGGCCCUCUGCAUGCCAAUGCUGUGGGCCAACUUCUUGGAGCCUGGCCUGUGAUCAUCCCACCUUCUCCUGGAAUCCUAUGUGCACAGGGUGAUGUGACCACCAAACUUAGACACGAGCAAUCCGCCACCUUCAUCCGUAUUGUCUCCGAAACAUCUGUUAUCGAGGCGCGGGAGCAGUACCAAAUGUUAGAGCAAGAGUGUCGGGAUACCUUGUCAAGGACGGCGGGUGAUCUGUGGCCUUUGUCAUGGAAAACAGCAUAUGAGGCAGAUCUUCGGUACAAAGGUCAAGCUUUGAUGCUGACAAUUCAAAUAACUGACAAAGACUUGGCCCUGACUACAGGGAAAUGGCAUGAUGUGUUGCGCCAAAAAUUCGACCAGCAGCACCAGCAGAUGUUUACCUACUGCUUACCUGAUUUUGAGCUUGAAUUGAUGAGACUCGGGGUUGUGUUGGAAGACGCCUCGCUUGGGGUUGACAUUCCAGAAGUUGCCAAAGGGUCAAUUGCCCCUUCUGACGCAAAGAUUGGCGAGCAGAAUAUCAUCGUCCAAGGCGAAAAAGAUUGGCGACCCUGUGGGAUCGUCAGAAGAUUAGCAAGCAUGGUAUUCAAGUAA